GCGUUCAGUCUCCACUCCACACUCCACAAAAGCCGCUUCUACUUAUCAGACACCAUUUUAAAUAAUUAAAUAUCCAAUUUUAAUUAAUUAAACUUAAGAGGAAAGGUGGUCAAAGACUUUGACUCAAAGUUGUGCUGUUUUUUAAGAUAAAAGACCAGCCAACUUUAUCUAUUCAUGAUGGAAAUGGAAAUUGCUGGAGGGAUCGGAUUUGAGCAGACUUCCAGCAAGAAGAAGAAGAAGCGAAGCAAGUCAGAAAAUGGGGGGGAUGCAAACGGUGGGGAAUUAUUGCUCGCGGAGGUUCAGAGAGAUAAGAAGUUCGUCCUCGCGUCGAGUGAUAAUCCGGCAAAAAUGCGACCCAGUGAGUGGCCCUUACUUCUCAAGAAUUUCGACCAGCUCAACGUAAAAUCGAACCAUUUCACUCCCCUCCCUUUCGGAGCGUCCCCUCUCCAACGGGACAUCAAGGACUAUGUCCGUUCCGGUUUUAUCAAUUUGGACAAGCCCUCGAACCCCUCAUCCCACGAGGUCGUCGCAUGGAUCAAGCGGAUCCUCAAAGUCGACAAGACCGGACACUCGGGCACCCUUGACCCCAAAGUGACGGGCUGUCUCAUCGUCUGCGUCGACAGGGCGACCCGGCUCGUGAAAAGUCAGCAAGGCGCAGGAAAAGAGUACGUCGCCGUGUUCAAGCUGCACUCCGCCGUGGCUGGAGAAGCCGUCGUGUUGCAGGGUCUAGAAAAACUCACGGGUGCCCUAUUUCAACGACCCCCAUUGAUUUCCGCCGUCAAACGUCAACUCAGAGUGAGGACGAUUUAUAAAAGUAAAUUGUUAGACUUUGAUCCUGACAGGAAUAUGGGUGUUUAUUGGGUCAGCUGUGAAGCUGGGACGUACGUGAGGACGCACUGUGUCCAUUUAGGUCUAGUUUUAGGAGUCGGUGGUGUCAUGCUCGAGUUGAGGAGGGUGCGCUCAGGAAUUUCCUCCGAGUACGACAACCUUGUCACGAUGCACGACGUUAUGGAUGCUCAAUGGGUUUAUGAUAAUCAUAAGGAUGAGACUUAUCUGAGGAGGGUUAUCAGUCCCUUGGAAGGUCUGCUCGUCUCCCACAAAAGGGUCAUCAUCAAGGAUUCCAGUGUCAACGCUGUCUGUUAUGGGGCGAAAGUAAUGCUUCCUGGCGUCCUCCGAUUCGAAGAUGGGAUUGAAUUGAAUCAGGAAAUCGUAAUUGUGACGACGAAAGGAGAAGCCGUCGCGUUGGCCAUCGCACUAAUGACAACAUCCACAAUGGCGAUGUGCGACCACGGCGUGGUCGCGAAGCUAAAGCGUGUCAUCAUGGAGAGAGACUUGUACCCGAGAAAGUGGGGUUUGGGGCCGAAGGCCAGCGUGAAAAAAGAGAUGAUAAAGCAAGGGCUUUUGGAUAAGCAUGGGAAGCCUAAUGACAAAACGCCAGCGACUUAUUUGGCCACCGCCGUGUCGCAGAUGGCCGUCUCCUCGCCAAAGGUGAAAAAGGAACCGGAAGACUUUGUCAUCCCCUCCGCCGGAGAUGAACCAGCCCCCUUGAAAAGAAAGCUGCCUGACGCCACCUCUCCCGCCACGACGGAGAAGAAGAAGAGCAAGAAAAAGUCGGUGGAACCGGAAGUUGCUGCCCCCGCUGAAGAGGAGACCGCGGAAGUAGAAGAAACUGAAACGAAGAAAAAGAAAAAGAAGAAGAAGAAAUCCAAAACGGAAGAGGGCGAGGAUGAAUAAGAGUAGCUAUAAAUUAAUUAAGACUUAAAUAUAAAUUUUUAAAUUUAUAUUAUUGUUACGAAAUAUUGAAAUAUUUAAAAUUAUUUCAUAUAAAAAAUCCUAAUGUUUUGACAAAUCUUGUUCACUUGACUAGACUUUUUUGUAAAGAUUUAAAGAUUUUGUUACAAAAUAUAUAUGUAAAGCUGCCUAAAAAGCCAUGUAAAAGUUUUAGAGUAGAUAAAAUUCAGGAAAAAGACUGCGAAAAAUUAAUAAAGUGUUACAUUUAAUGUUAACACAAAUAUAA